GUGUUGCAGGAUGUUGUGCCAAAACAACUACUGCACCACUGGAUCGAGUAAAGAUUUUGCUGCAAGCUCAUAACCACCAUUACAAACAUCUAGGCAAAAAAGGAGAAUUACGUGGAUAAGGUACCUGUAAGUGCAGAGGCACGAUUGUUCAGUUCAUCACAGUCCUCCCUGUGUGUUUUUAUACCUUUGGAUUGUGGUGCUUGUGGAUCUCGCUGUGUUCUAGGAAAUAGAAACAGUAACUCAUCAUUGCAGCGUAGAGAGAAAUUCUGGUCUUGGCAUAAAAUUGACUGAACUAUAAGUUAGCCCGUUCCCUCCCCUGUGUUCCUGGCCUUAGGCUGCUGUGGAUGGGGAGCGGCAUCUGCAGGAGCUUUGCUCACAGUCCAGGAGUAUUUUCUACGUUGUGUGCUGUCCCCAAAAAGGAAGGUUACCUUGGGCUGUAUAAAGGAAAUGGGGCGAUGAUGAUCAGAAUCUUUCCGUAUGGCGCUAUUCAGUUUAUGGCAUUUGACCAAUAUAAAAAGGUAAUAAAGAAACACCUUGGGAUUUCUGGGCAUGUGCAUCGAUUAAUGGCUGGAUCCAUGGCAGGUAUUACAGCAGUGAUUUGUACUUACCCUCUUGAUAUGGUUAGAGUUCGCCUGGCGUUCCAAGUAAAAGGGGAACACAAGUACAUGGGAAUUAUCCAUGCAUUCAAGAUGAUUUACACAAAGGAGGGUGGUUUUAGUGGAUUCUACAGAGGGCUGAUGCCAACUGUGGUGGGAAUGGCACCAUAUGCGGGUUUUUCAUUUUUUACCUUUGGUACCUUAAAGAGCAUUGGACUUGCUCAAGCACCUAACUUGCUUGGACGGCCUUCAUUGGAUAACCCCGAUGUCUUAGUUCUGAAAACACACGUGAACCUGCUGUGUGGUGGCAUAGCUGGAGCGAUAGCUCAGACCAUAUCAUAUCCCCUGGAUGUGACUCGGAGGCGAAUGCAGUUAGGAGCGGUUCUCCCAGACUCUGAAAAGUGCCUUACCAUGGUGCAGACACUGAAGUACGUGUAUCAACAACAUGGAGUACGAAGAGGACUGUACCGUGGUCUGUCCUUGAAUUACAUUCGCUGUAUUCCUUCCCAGGCCGUGGCUUUCACCACAUAUGAACUUAUGAAACAAUUCUUGCACCUCAACUGAUUCUUUCUCUUGGGAGACUUUUCUAUAAAACUACACUAUCAAUCCUCAAAUUAUAUUGAUGAAUAAAUGACUUGAAGUUUAACAAAAAAAGCUUUCUGUUACUGUGGACCUGCUGUUGUUUGACACCUUUAUUUGCCAAAAUGUGGUUAAUUUCCUGGAGUCAAAACCAGGUGACACAUCAAAAUAAACAUUAGCUAGCUGUAAACACUUUUUUUGCACUUGAUCUUUUAGGCUUCAUUAGAUGAAUUUUAGGAAUGACACAGUUUUGGAGAUGACACCCAUGUUUUAUACAGGUUCCAAGCUGUUAGUUAUUUAGCUUUAUCACCAUUCCAGGAGUUACAUGCUGCUGAUUAUGCUGCUUUUGAAGCUAGUAAUUAGGCAUCCGUUGUUCUUUAAAAAUUAAAUGAAAUAAACUGAUUUGAACAUAAUGCAAUGAUUUUGCCAUUCAGGUCCUUGCCGGGUCUGUAGAAGCAGAGCUUGGCAGAGCACACUUCAAGCAGCCUUUUAUUCUUGUUCUGUACAAGUUUUCUGUAUGCAAGAACAAUGCAUAUGUCUUCAGUUUGCUACACAGGAAGGUAUCUUCAGCCCUUUCAGCUAGAACCAUCAAGAUGUAUUUAGCAGUAUUAGAUACCUUGCAAUUGAGAAACCAGUUCCUUGGUGUACAUUCUAUUCUAAGAAAUGCUGUACUACACAAAUAAAAGUGGGGAGAAAUUUACAGGGAUGAGUGCUAAAAAAGAUGUCCUUGUGGCAGGUGGUAGGGGUCCAAUCUUAGAAAGCUUUUCUGUGGAGCUGUGUGUUCGUGGUUUGGUUUUUCAAGGCUGAGGAUCUUAUGUGUUUGUACUAUCCCAGCAGUAGCUGGUGUAAACAGGUUUUUCCCUCCCUUAAACCAUGGUGCCAAAGAAGACUGCAUGCUGCUGCAAUUACUUGUUUAGGCAUAUGGACCACAUGCAACCUCACACAGAAAGGAAAAUUAAGAUUGUAUUUGCCUCUGUAGAUGUGUGUAUGUACUGUUCCCAAAGUCAUGGGAUGCAAUAGACUAUUGCAUGUUGGCCUCCUGCUGCGAUUCCUUUUCUGGAGGGAAUUAUUUUAUACAUGAUUUGCAUUGGUACUCUUGAUUUUACUCACUUGAUUCAGGAAACUGUAAAGCAUUUACUUCAUGUAAGUUAUUUAUUUAUUGUGAAUAUUUUAGUGUCUUCUAAGAAUUGGCAAUGGUUAUGUUAAGUGAUGGAUGGUAAGACUGAUUUGCUUAAUUUUGACAAAUUUAACAAACUGGAUUUUCAGUUAUAUAUUCAAUACCAACUUCUGUGGCUCAAUUUUCCCUCCAGUUUCUUCAAAAUGUGUAUUUCUUUGAAAUUUACAGUGUAGCAAUGGACAGAGAAUGAAAUGUAUCUGGAUUUAUUUUAUUAAAUUUUUUGAAC